GUUUCGCUGAUGAGGUAGGCCUAUUGCCUAUCCGAGUAUUUACUAAAGCUAACUUCACCGCAGUUGUAUCUUUUGCGGCAAUCGUUUGUGUUAAUCAUCUGCUAUACUCGGCCCUUUCGAUGUCUUCAUACUUGUUUGUACUGUCUCACUGGUCACAAGUGCUGGCCAAUGCCCGACCUGACUUAUACGUCGUUGCAGAGGAGGGCUACUUCGGCGUUCUCUUCACACAUUUCGAACUUGCAAACCGUCAUUUAGCCGUUAUUAACCUGUUGUCUGCUCAUCAAAACGGGGACUAUCUUACUACGGACACACAACUAACGUUGGCUGGUACAGAAAGUAACGGAAUAGCGAAAGGUUAUCCAGAAGCAGUCAGUAUAUUAUAUUAGUCCGUUUUUCGUGUUGUGUAAUCAUGCAAUGUUUGAGAAUAUUAAGGGUGAGCCACGGAACAGUUGUUGAACAUUUUGUUAAAGACGCCACUAAACGGACUUGUAAUAACGGUUUAUUAUUAGGUAGUCGUCGCAACCUUAAAGUUCAACUCGCACAAUAUUUGAACACAGCUCAACACCAUACUGGAACAACUUCAUACGUGGAACAUGUGCUUCCCAAAUUGAGCAAUGAAGGAAAAGGUCUGUUCUCAGGAGUGGAAGAUAUGCUCUUCUACACCAUUACAGAAGGACAGGAAAGAGUCCCUGUAUCACAUUUCAUCUCUGCCCUGAGGAGGACUGGUCUUCUCACAGGUGACCCUCGACUGAAGGACUGUAUGAACAAGCUCCGACUUUCAGUAUCAGAAUCUUUUCAUGAUGUCAUGAUGGACCGGGAACUGUUCCACAAGUGCGUAGGUGGGAACAUAGUGCUUCUGAUUCAGGCCUUCAGAAAAAAGUUCAUCAUCCCCGAGUUUGAUACCUUCAUCACAAAAAUAGAUCAAAUCUACGACACGGUUCAGAGAAACAAUAGUGGCCAGGUGGCAGCCUACAUCCCCCACCUGGCAAAGUUCAGUCCAGAUCUCUGGGGAGUUUCUUUAUGUACAGUGGAUGGCCAGAGACACUCAGUAGGUGACACCAAGCAGCCCUUCUGUCUCCAGUCAUGUGUGAAGCCUCUGGAGUAUGCUGUGGCCAUCCAUGAGGCGGGGACAGAGAAGGUGCACAGCUAUGUAGGGAUGGAGCCCAGUGGACUCAAGUUUAACAAGCUCUACCUGGAUGAGGAAGACAAACCCCACAAUCCCAUGGUGAAUGCUGGAGCCAUUGUUAUCAGUUCUCUUAUUAAGCCUGGUUCAAACAAGGCAGAGAAGUUUGACUAUAUAAUGGAGUUUAUCAAGAACAUGGCCGGCGGAGACUUUGUGGGGUUCAGCAAUGCCACUUUCCAGUCAGAAAAAGAAACAGGCGACAGAAAUUUUGCAAUCGGAUACUACCUUAAAGAGAAGAAGUGUUUUCCUUCUGGGGCAGAGAUGAUUGAUGCACUGGACUUCUAUUUUCAGCUGUGUUCCAUAGAGGUGACCUGUGAGUCUGGGAGUGUCAUGGCAGCCACACUGGCCCAUGGGGGCAUUUGUCCAAUCACAGGCGUGCGUGUGCUCAGUGCUGAGGCUGUACGAAACACCCUGAGUCUCAUGCACUCCUGCGGCAUGUAUGACUUCUCUGGACAGAUGGCAUUCCAUGUGGGUUUGCCAGCUAAGUCUGGUGUGUCAGGAGCAAUUCUGCUUGUGGUCCCCAAUGUUAUGGGUGUUAUGUGUUGGUCUCCUCCACUGGACAAGGUUGGAAACAGUGUCCGGGGAAUACACUUCUGCCAGGAGCUUGUGUCUUCCUUUAACUUUCACAACUAUGACAACCUGAGACACUUUGUCAAGAAGCAGGACCCUCGAAGGCAAGAUGGGGAUGAUAGGAACAAGUCUGUUGUGAACCUGAUGUUUGCUGCCUACAGUGGAGAUGUGUCUGCGCUUAGAAGGUUUGCUCUUUCAUCGAUGGACAUGGAGCUGAAGGACUAUGACUCUAGAACAGCUCUACAUGUGGCCGCUGCUGAAGGCCAUGUGGAUGUUGUGAGAUUCCUGACAGACACCUGUAAAGUUAACCCCUUUGUGAAAGACAGGUGGGGCAACAUUCCUCUGGAUGAUGCCAUGCAAUUUGCACACAGUGCCAUAGUGAAGGUACUGCAGGAUUACCAGGUGGCAUGCCAGGAUCAGGAGAGGCUGCCAGUAGCUGAUACCAUACCCAUACCUCCCAAACUGGAGACUGUAGAAGGCAUGGUGUAAACCUGAUAUUGCCAGUAAUUAGUAUCAGGCAUAUGUAAAUGCUUUGUAGAAGGCAUGGAGUGAUUUGGUGAAUACUAGCUUACACAUUUUUCUUUACUCUUCUGUGAAGUCCAGUUCACAAUUAUUAUGGUAGAGGGUUAAAGGUGGGCUCCUUGGGUAAUUGUUCGCAGAUGAAAUGCAAAAUGUGAAGUUAGCGAAAACAAACUAUAAACAUGGCCUUGCAAAAGUGUUCAAUCCCCUUAUCAAUAUUCACAUUAGAAAUGUUGUUCUGUUUGAUAUUUCAUGUUCAAAUGCUGACACUAAAAAUCAAUGAUUGUACGGUGAUGUUGAUUUUAUCAAGAAAUAAGAGUAAGAAAGAUCGUAUGCUUAAAUAUAGUGCUUACAUACAGUGGAGAUAAAAAGUCUACACACCCCUGUUAAAAUGCCAGGUUUUUGUGAUGUAAAAGAAUGAGACAAAGAUAAAUCAUGUCAGAACUUUUUCCACCUAAAAUGUGACCUAUAACGUAUAACCUAUAAUUCAAUUGAGAAACAAACUGAAAUCUUUGAGGGGGAAAAAUAAAACACAAUAACCUGGUUCCGUAAGUGUGCACACUCUUAAA